GAGAAGCUGUAGUUGCUUAUUCAGCAUUAUACUCAGAUCUGCACUUUGUACAAGACAUCAUACAAAAAAUGGUGAAUUAUUUGUUUGAAUCUUUUUUUAACAUCUGGAUGGCAACACUUUUUAAUUACAGGAUAGAGAGUCAGCCUCCACUUAACAAGAUACGACCAAAGCCUAGACUGAAACAGAUGACCAAUCACAACACCAGAAGAAUGAAGACUCUUUAUCCCAUUGUCCUGAUCUGUACCGUUACCGUGGUCCUCAUCCUUAAGGAAAGCUCCAUUUUGUCAAGAGUAUCAAAGACAAUAAUCCAUGUGAAGACAUUUCUUAAUGCUAAUCCACUUGAUCAAUGCACUACAACGCUCAGUGGCAAUGUCACAAAAGUGACCGACUCGACCGUUACCGCUGAACAGGAAGAGAACAAGAACAAUAAUUCAGACCUGCAGAUUGGUGCUCGAAGGCAUGUACUGCUCAUGGCCCUCACACGAACAGGUUCCUCAUUUGUGGGGGAGUUCUUCAACCAGCAGAAAGGGGACAUGUUCUAUUUGUAUGAACCUCUGUGGCACGUCAACAGCAAGUAUUCCUCUGAGUUAACCAACAAGACCAGGAUGGACUGUUUCCAGGAUGUACUUCAAGGACUCUUUCAAUGUAAUUUUUCUGCUCUGGAGAAGUUCAUCAGUCCCCCACCUAAGAACCAUGUGACCUCAGUUCUUUUUCGCAGAUCGGCGAGUUAUGCACUGUGUGAAGAAUCAAUUUGUCAUCCUCUGGUUCAAGGUGUUUUGGAAAGGUUUCCUUGCAAGCCGCGCUGUGGGCCACUGAACCUCACCCUGGCAUCUGAAUUGUGUAAGUCUUGGCAGAAUGUGGUGAUUAAAACUGUCCGUGUUCACCAGCUGGACACAUUGAAACCUUUAAUGGAAGUUCCUCAACUGAACCUAAAAAUAAUCCAGCUGGUCCGAGAUCCCCGAGCUAUCUUAGCAUCCCGGAUUGUAGCCUUCUCAUAUAUGUACCACGCAAUAAAAGCCUGGGCUCAGGACAAGCAAGUGGACAUAGAUGAUAAUGAUAUAAAG